AUGCCUGAAGGACUGUUAGUGAAUGAUUAUGAAGAUCCAAUUGAAGGUAUUGUCUCAGUUAUUUAUGGUGAUGUCAUUGCAAACCUUUCAAACAAUGAAUACUUCAAUGAUAGGGCAAUACUUGCACUAAAAAUCGAAAUGAUUGACAAGAUUAAUCAAUACAUGUGCUCUCUUUUGCCCGGUGAAGCCCAUGAGUUCUUUAGUUCAGAUUCAGUAUGCCAGUCUUUGAAUCAAAAUGACAGCUUUGACAAUCUAUACACUACUGAAUUUCUGAACACCAUUAGUAGCUCUGGAUUGCCACCACAUAAGCUAAUGUUGAAAGUUGGAUCACCAAUUAUGUUGCUAAGGAAUAUAGAUCAAGCGGAAGGACUAUGUAAUGGUACACGACUUUGUAUUACAAAGCUAGGCAAGACUGUUAUUGAGGCAAUUACGUUGAAUGGUUCAAAACCAAAUCAAAAGGUUUUAAUUCACCGAAUGGACAUGAACCUAUCAGAAAGUAAAUGGCCUUUCAAGAUGAAGAGAAGACAAUUCCUUAUUACUUUGUCCUUUGCAAUGACCAUCAAUAAGAGUCAAGAUCAGUCAUUAUGUUAUGUUGGAGUAUACUUAUAG